AUGUUCCUGCCGCAUACGUACAUACCCGGCUGCUGCACCGUACUGACGAAACGAACAUUCGCCCCGGCGAUAUGCGUCUCAUUGUCACAUCUCUUCCCCUCUGCCCUAUUAUGCUUUAACUUCAGGCUUCAUGCAUCAAGCAUCGCGUUGUUUGAUGACCAUGGUCCACAUUCCGAUCUUGCUUGCUUGCUCGUCACGUCGCUUUUUAGGCCCUUGCGCCAGUCCGUAUAG